AUGAGAGUGAGCAGAAUUCUGUACCGAAAUCCGGUUGUGGUUUUUGGUGGCCUAAUACAGUUUGAUACCAUUCCGAUCACGGAUGAGGCGAGUAUGCAGAAUAUGUUUGAAAUUCACCGGCAGACUUAUAUGAGACACCCACAGAUUGAGUUGUACGUUGAGUUUGAAGCUGAAGAGGCAGUAGCGGUCCAAAAUGAUAUAGAUGUAAAUGAUGAUAUAGCUGCAGUGUACGAAGGUAUGAAUAGUGACAGCGAAGAGGACUUCGAAGCCACUUAUGAAGCCGGCGAUGAAGAUGAGGAUGGUGAUGUGGGAGUUGAGGCAGCAGUGGAGAAUGUAGUGGUUCGUCCCUCGAGCAGUAUUGCUGAUCCUGAGGACGGAGAGUUCCGAAUUGGAAUGGAAUACAGCUCUAGAAAGUCGGUCGUUGCAGCAAUUAGAAGUUUCACUAUAUCUAGAGGAGUUGACUAUGAUGUGUUUGAGUCUGAGCCACAGACGUUCUAUGCAAAAUGCAAGAUGUACGGGCGUGGAUGUGACUGGCUUAUCCGAGCCAGCUUGAUACGGAGAAAAGGUUGUUGGGAGAUACGCAGAUACAACGGUAGGCACACGUGCACCAUCGGAACGAUUUCACAAGAUCAUUCCAAGUUGGACUCAGAUACAGUUGCUGAGGCUAUAAGGCCCUUGGUCGAGUCGGACCCGUCCAUCAAGGUGAAAUCUAUAAUUGCGGAAGUCCAGUCAAGGUUCAACUAUACCAUCAGUUAUCGAAAGGCUUGGUUGGCAAAGCAGAAGUCAGUUGCGCUCGUUUUCGGUGAUUGGGAGGAAUCCUACCAAGCAUUGCCGUGGUGGCUCUCGGUCAUGGUACAGAAGAUUCCUGGUUCAGUUGUCCAAAUAAAACACGACCACUCUACAACGGAACGGGAGGCACAAGGUGUAAAAUACUUCAUCGUGUAUUUUGGAGUUUCAAUCCAUGCAUUAGGGCAUUCAGGCAUUGCAAACCCCUGGUUCAGGUUGACGGCACCACCUAUACGGAAAAUACAAAGGAAUCUGCGAACGUAUGUUGUUAGAAAAGACGGUGUGGGUAUGAUCUCAGACCGGCAUGAGUCAAUACGGGCAGCAGUUAAUCGUUCCGGUGGUGACUGGCAACCUCCAAGAGCAUGGUGGAUGUUUUGUAUAAGACACAUCGGCAGUAAUUUCUUAAGGGCAUUCAAAGUCCCUCACCUGCAGAAGCUUGUUGUCAAUAUAGGGUAUUCAAGAACGGUGGAGGAGUACAAAUGA